CGUCACUGUGACGUCUCACUUAUUCAGUUGCCUGUACAUUUACGGAUAUUUUGUUUAUCUUUCUGAUUAAAACGCAUUUUGUAAUGGAGAGUCAGCCAAACAGGCGGCCAUUAUUGUUCCCCUGACUGUAAAAUCGUAUGGUCACGUGGUUUAAGUUCGCGUGACGCCUCCAGAACACUCAGACGCUCCCACCUCUGCGCGCGCCCACAGAGACAGGAGGAAGACGGACCUGAAGUCAGGGCUCGACUUCGUCAGCACAACACCGCGGAGUCUACGGCGCAACUAUGGAAGAUCUGAGCCCCCGCCGUGGUGACUCUGUGUUUGCGGGGCUGGUGGGAGCGUCGCAGGUGCUCGGUCUUGUGUCCGUUGUUCUGACCGGGGUGUGGAUGGGUCACUACCGAGGCGGUUUUGCCUGGGAUGGUUCAGCCCAGGAGUUCAACCUGCACCCGCUCUGCAUGGUCCUGGGCCUGAUCUUCCUGCAGGGCGACGCCAUAUUAGUUUACAGAGUUUUUCGUAAUGAAGCAAAGAAACACGUGAAGCUACUCCACGGCAUUAUUCACCUGCUUGCCCUCAUCAUCAGCAUUGUAGGGGUUGUGGCUGUGUUUGACUUCCACAGAGCAGCCAAGAUCCCAGACAUGUACUCUCUGCACAGCUGGUGUGGCAUGGCCACACUAAUUCUGUUCUGUUUACAGUGGGUUUUAGGUUUGCUGUUUUUCCUUUUUCCUGUUGCAUCGUCAUGGUUACGAGCCACAUACCUACCUAUCCAUGUGUUCUGUGGGCUUUCUCUACUGGUCAUGGCCAUUGGGACGAGCCUGCUUGGCAUCACCGAGAAGCUCCUCUUCAGUAUAAUGACCACUUACUCUCAGUUUGCCCCAGAGGGGGUGCUGGCCAACGCCUUGGGGAUCCUGCUGGUGUUGUAUGGGCUUACACUGGUUUACUUGGUCACCAAGGAGGAGUACAGACGUCCCCCAAACCCAGAGGAAGAGUCUCUGUCCGUCCACUUCAAGAACCUGACGGAGGGAGAGGUACCAACACCCUGAAGCUGUGACUGCUCUUCAUACAACGGGGCAUAGUCAGGCAGCCAAGUCGCCAUGAAAGGCAAAGUUUAUGUAAGCCUUGACUUGUGUGAAGUGUGAAAUAAUGGUCAGAGACUUGUUAUGGUUUUCUCUUGGUACCCUGCAAACAAAACUUAUUUAUUUCAUUUUCCACCCAAUUUACUUCCUUCAACAUAUUUAUUAGUGCCUGACUAAUGGGCUUUUGUUUAGAAUAAAACACAAUGCGCUUCUUAAUCUGUUGAUGCGUCACUGAACCAAGGAAAUAUGCAAGAAUUAGCAUCAUGCAUCAUUCUCUUAAAACAUCAUUUGUGAAAGUAGCACAACUCAUAUGUACUUAAAUUAAGAAAAUGAUGCAAUGAAUUAAAAAUAAUCUGGAAACAGUCGGGCAGAUUUGCCUCCUUUGCUCUCAGAAACCCGAAACACGUCAUUUCUGAGUGACAACAUAACAGUGCUGAGAAUAAUGCCACUAAUAUGCCAAAAAGGACUAUUUUAUUUAAAAUAGUUUAUUUUUCUUUCUUUCCAAACCCUCUGCGGGUAUGAUGGGAGUCUAUGUUUUUAUGAGUGGUGUCUCUGGGUGAGCCCCGUUUCUUCACCAUGUUAUGGUUCUUUUUUCUCUAUGCAGCCUACCACCCAUAACAACAGAAGAAGAAAGUUAUCAGUUGCACUCCAAGUAAAGUUUCCCUUCCUAAAUUGCCGUGCCCUGUGAAAGAUCAUCCCUAAGUGUUAUUCUUAUUGUGAGCAUUUUAAGAUGCUAUGUGGUGGUAUUAAUGCUGCAGGUAUCUGAAAUACAGCUUCUUAUUUGCCGCUAAAUUAAAGCAGUAUUUGGAAGUUUAGGAAGUUUCAUCCUCAAACCUAAAACAAAUUCCAAACUGAACAGAUUUUUUAAAACAAUGUUUGAGAUUUUAUAAAACACAAAAAAAGACUAUUUUCAAUGUCUGUUUGUUUUUGGAAUAAGGACUCUCAAUGCCCAUUGGGACUAUAGAGGGAGGGGCUCAGCCAGGGCGCCAUUCACACAAGGACUUCAACGGCAUGUUUAACCUUGAAUGUAUGUUAGUGCCAGCAGGCACCCAGUCAGCACUAAAUUUAAAUAGAAGGGUGUAUCUAACUUCUGUGCAGAUUCCUCCUGUGUAGCUGUGUUUCAGUGGGAAAAAAGCCUGUUUGGCUCCAACUGGCCUUGUUUCCAAGAAUUUUAACUGAUUUUACUGAAAUCCAACAAAAUUUAAUGAAACAGACCAGUUGAUGUGUAAGAUGUAAUAAACUAUGGAUAGAAAAAAGGUUCUGAUUGAGUUUGAGGCUCAAACAAACAUGCACUAUGCAACAGAGUUAAGGAUCUAUGUAUUUUCAAAGAUGGCUACAUGGAAUCUCUGUUUAAUGCAUUUCACCGAUGAUUUGACGGAGUUAGCGUUAAGAUUUAGGCAACCAAAGCUCAUAUGAUGACCAAGUCUAGGCAGGUAUGACAAUCUGCAGUAUAGUAAGGUGAAAUGAAAAUACUCCAUUUUCACAGUAUUAAUGUGACAGCUGAAAACUAAAGUACAGCUCCUAGCUUUCAGUGUUUUAAAACUAAAAUGGAGUGGGUGGCGCUCUUUGAGUUUCCACAUCUUGGCUGUCUGGGUUUUUCACAACUAGAAUAUUAUUGUUAGUGAACAGGAAAAAAUGGAAAUUACUGAGUGCCAAGAAUUCACAUUCAACCUGUUUUUCUUCCUUUUCCCCUGUUUUUAAAUCACGUUUAGCAGUUUGACAACCUAAAAAGUUAUCUACAUGGCCUUUAAUUAAGAUUUUAAUGAAACUGUCAAUCCACUUUUAAAGCUGUAAACCUGAAUGUUGUAUGAAAGGUUCCCUGAAAUGUUGCAUUGUGUUUCUGUUCUGUGCUCGCUGCAUUCCAGUCAAGACUAUAAAGUUCAGCAUUGUGAGGUAAAGUGAGGUGUUUGUGGAUGUUAUGUCUGUUUUCUGAUGAAAUGUUUAAAACACACUGUGUAGGCCAAACUCCUUUGUGUGAAUGUGUUUUAUAAUUCUUCCUUGGUACUGGUGCCUAACAGAGAGUUAUGCCAAAUUUCCACUGUUGGAUGUUGCUAAGCUUUAUGUUCUGCUUCACACUGUAACCGUUCAAAAAGAAGUCCUAGUCUCACUUCUGUGAAAUAAAAUGUAUGUGAAAUGGC